AGUCUGUUGUUAUUAUACAACAUCAUUCCAAUUGAUUGAAAAGUGUGCAGGAGAUCCUAAUUAUAUUUGUGUUUCUUACUGUGACUGCAUACUUACUGUGCUAGUACGAAAGGAGAAACAAAACUGACAGAUCAGACUGAAAAUUGUAGAAAACUUGGAGAAGGUUACUUAGAGAUUUUUUUGAUAGCGUCAGUGAAUUUUUACAUAAAGGAAAAUGAACACAAGCUGGGUUCAAUUGUUUAAUCGUAAGGUGUUGAAUUUGGCACACACUGAUUGCUGGAAUAUUGCACAGGAUGAUGACUUACUACCACAACAAACACCCGCAGGAUGGAAUUGGUACAGGACGUCUUCAUUUGCAAGAUUCCAUUGUUCAACUUGCUCCAAUGGAUGGGCUUCUGCAAGGGCUCUAAUUCUUUUCAAUAUGAGACUGCGGAAUGGGACAGGAGAUGUGAAGGUUCGAUUCUUCAAACAGCAGUGCCGAAGAAACCAUGAUGAAGAAGCUAAUUUUGUGGAACCUGUCUUCAGUGAAGAAAAUAUCAAACAAGUUCUUGAUCGGUUAAUGACAAAGAUCCGGCAACGAUGUUAUCAGGAAGACAUUGGAGAACGCAAAGCCUUUCUCGAAAGGGAUUGCAACCUGGAUGGUCCCCAUGAGACACGUCAUUGUGAAGCUUGCAGGGUGGGAAUCUGCAGCCAAGCUGUGUGACCAGGAGCCUGAACUUAUCGCUUUUGGAAACCUGAUGGAUCCUAUAAUGCAAAAUAUAUUGUUAGAAUCAUAAAAUACAUGUUUUAAAGUUGAAUAAUGCUUAAAAGUUUGGCUUUUGAUCAUUAUUUCCAUGCCUGUGCUUUCAAUUUGCUCUUGUGAUUAUAUUUUAUUGCAAUUCAUGUUGAUUUAUAUGAGUUGUUAGAAUCUAUAAGAUAUUGCUUGAAAGGCGGUGGUAGCAGCUUCAUACUUUCAAAAGGCAAUUGAAUGAAUACUUGAAUGGGAAAAUUUGUAGGGCUGAGGUCAAAGAGUAGGGUGGUGGGAUUUAAUGGAUAGCUCUUUCAAAGAAUUGUCACAGACAUUAUGAGCCAUGUGGCUCCUUCUGUGCGGCAUGAUUCUAUGAUUCAUAUAAUUAAAAUGACAAUGAAAAUUGCGGUAUUACCAACAUUUCAUUGUACAUUAUCUAUAUAAUGUGAAACAGCUAUUUGAAGACAUUUUUAUUUAUAUGAAUAGCCAUUUCAUUCAAAUUAAAAUAAUGCUGGCGGAUGAAGAAAGAUCCAAAUGACAGGCUUGGCUUUCAUAUCACUUAAAAAUAUGAACUGUUCAGAUUAUAUCUCUUGCUUGUGGACAGAAAUUAGGUUGGUUAUUCCUCCAAGAGAAGCAUUUAACCUCUCAAGUUAGAUUAUAUAUUUUUAUACUAUAAUAUUUCACUGGACUUCACAAUGCAAUUGCAGCAACAAAUAAAUACAACAAAUUGUCUUUGAAUGAGUUAAAUAGAAA